GCUAUUGUGAAGUUAUAAAAAAGGAUUCCUGAUAAAGUAUUCAACAAUCAAAUCAGGAUUCUCCACGCCUAUGGAUCGCACACACAAUCGACUAGGUCGAUUGUGAUUGGCGACACUAAACUUCCAUCUCUCUUGUAUUCGGGAUCGAGGACAAAUGUUUACUUUCCGUUCCUUCUAUCUAUAUUCUAAGUUUUAACCCAAUCUCACAUAUUUCUGUUAGAUGAAUGGUAUGGUGAUGAAUGUUCUACCAGUUACAAAAAAUUAAUGUGAAAAAUAAUACAAAAACUUAUUUAUCAACCUGGAUUCUUGUGGUUAUCUAUGGAAAUGUCUUCAGAAAAAUAACAGAGUCAUAUACAAAUAUGUUUUUAUUUGUGACCUGAUUACUGAAGAAUAUAUUUUGGCAGUUGAUAUACUGACAUAUUUCUGACAUCGAUUUGUAUUAUAUUUCAAACAAAGUUGAAAAUGAAAAUAGAUUCCUUUUUUAGUCGCAGAGAUUCAACAUUGAGUGCUUAUUCGCCAAACGAGCGACCAAGCCUUUUCAGGAAAAUGAGAAAAUUCUUCAAUUAUAAACCAGAAAAAUGGUGGGGUUACAUUGUAUGUUUGAUAACGUUCAUCGUCACAUUAGCAAUCGGAAUGUUAGCUUUGAUCUCAAAAUCCAGCCUUUAUUUCGUCAUAUUUGGAGAUACACAGAAUUUUCCUGCUCAUGUUUUGGUUUUAAUCUUAAUUUUUGAUUUCUGGAUAUUUUCUUUCAACGCCGCUUUAUUUUAUGGAAUCAAAUAUAAGAAUGCAGUGCUCAUCUUUUUGUGGAUUAUCACGAUGUUGAUUAACUGGAAUAUUUACGUUUUUGCUAGGCUGGUACAUUUGGUCGAUUACGCUAUGAAGGUUAGUACUAAAGUGAAGGACCUUUACAUAGAUAUCGGACAUUUCUAUCUUAUUAUAGGUAUUUGGUUGUUGAUGAUAAGUAUAAUUUGGGAUUAUUGGCAGUCAAUAUCUAAUAUUACGGAUAUUCCCGAACUCAUCGAAUUUUUGGUGACGUGGCACACAAGAUCACAUAUGCCAAUACCAGGAGAGAGCCCCUCCUUAGGAGGGAGUGAGUACACAUCACCAGGCACUUCGAGAUAUUGAGAUUGAAGGAAAAUUGGAGAAAUGUAUCGCAUCCGCCAAUUCAGAUUCUGAUUAUUCUUCUUUUAUGUAGAUGACGCUAGCAAGUCUAUCCGUUAGUUAUAAACAGGAAACUGAAACAUUGGUUCGAUAGUGGUUUCGAUAAGUUGUUAGUGUUGUCUCAAUAUUGUAGAUGACGCAUCUAUGCAGUUUCGAAUUCUAGAAGUUAAUGAAUGUGUAUUACCUAAUUUAUGCAUUUCAGAACAAAUUUGAACCUCUAAUCUUAUGCCUUUUGAGCACAAAAUUUUUUGGGGAGUUGGGAAAGAAAAUGAGAUUAUAUCAAAUAAAUAGUUUAAGUUCUGUGUUUUUUUAUAGCAAACAGUUUUUCUGAUAGACUUCUUAAUUUUGAGCUAUUUAUUUUGACUUCAAAAGUAAAAAUAAUAAAGGGUUUUCCAGUAGAAGGAUUUAUUUUGAGCCCGUUAUCUAGGUAGCUGUCUCUUUUGAAGGUAUCAUCUUUUUUAUUUGAAAUGUAAAAA